GUGUACGACUCGUACGGCGUGCCCACGGAAGAGGCGACGCCGCUGCAGAACGUGUUCGGCGUCCUGUUCACGGGGUUUUCGUUCUGGUACUUUGCGCGCGCGGUGCAGAAGCGAAGCGGGAAGGCGAGGGAGUUUCGCGUGGCGAAUAGGUUGCCGGAGGAGGAACGAGCGAAAAUCGACGAAGAGCGCGCGAAGAAGACGAAAGAGCUGACGGCGAUGCAGAGUUUUACCGGAGGUUUGACGGGGAUCGGGAUCUCUGUCGUGCUGUACGCGUUCGCGUCCAAGGUGAGCGCGUCGUUCGACGGGAAGGCGCUGCCGGAGAGCGAGACGGUGCGACAAAUUUCCAUCACCGUGCGCACGAUCGUCGAGGGGCUGACGUACUUGGCCACGUUCGUGUACGCGGCGAACGGCGUCGGAUUGAUCGCGCUCGCCGGACAAAAGACGCUGGAUUAUUUCGACGGCAAGGAUCUGCUCGACCAGGCCAAGGCGGAGCUCGCCGAACGCGACGCCGCCGAGGCGAACGAAGAAAAGUCAGAGGAUCCGUGA